UCCAACAACUACAACUAAAUCAAUACCAACAGCAUCCACCACCACAUCUGAAGGUCCAACAACUACUAAAUCUACAACCAUGCCUGCAGGACCCACCACCACAACUGAAGGUCCGACAACCACAACUAAAUCUACAACCACAACCACGGGAAUCACGACUGCCAGUGAAGGUCCAACAACAAAAUCUACGACAAAACCAUCAGGACUGACCACCACCGCCGAAGGUCCAACGACCACAACUAAAUCUAAAACCACACCCACAGAAAUCACUACUACCAGUGAAGGUCCAACAACAACAAAAUCUACGACAAAACCAUCAGGACUGACCACCACAACCGAAGGUCCAACGACCACAACGAAAUCUACAACCACACCCACAGGAAUCACUACUACCAGUGAAGGUCCAACUGCAACAAAAUCUACAACAACACCAUCAGGACAGUCCACCACAACGGAAAGUCCAACAACUACAACUAAAUCAACACCCACAGGUUCCACCACCACAUCUGAAGGUCCAACAACUACUAAAUCUACAACCAUGCCUGCAGGACCCACCACCACAACAGAAGGUCCGACAACCACAACUAAAUCUACAACCACACCCACGGGAAUCACUCCUACCAGUGAAGGUCCAACAACAACAAAAUCUACGACAAAACCAUCAGGACUGACCACCACAACCGAAGGUCCAACGACCACAACGAAAUCUACAACCACACCCACAGGAAUCACUACUACCAGUGAAGGUCCAACUUCAACAAAAUCUACAACAACGCCAUCAGGACAGUCCACCACAACAGAAGGUCCAACAACUACAACUAAAUCAACACCCACAGGUUCCACCACCACAUCUGAAGGUCCAACAACUACUAAAUCUACAACCAUGCCUGCAGGACCCACCACCACAACUGAAGGUCCAAUGCCUACAACUAAAUCUAAAACCACACCCACAGGAACCAUAUCGACAAGUGAAGGUCCAACAACACCAAAAUCUACGACAAAACCAUCAGGACUGACCACCACAACCGAAGGUCCAACGACCACAACUAAAUCUACAACCACACCUACAGGAAUCACUACAACCAGUAAAAGUCCAACUAUAACAACAAAAUCCACGACAAAACCAUCAGGACUGACCACCACAACCGAAGGUCCAAUGACCACAACGAAAUCUACAACCACACCCACGGGAAUCACGACUGCCAGUGAAGGUCCAACUACAACAAAAUCUACGACAAAACCAUCAGGACUGACCACCACAACCGAAGGUCCAACGACUACAACGAAAUAUACAACCACACCCACAGGAAUCACUACUACCAGUGAAGGUCCAACUACAACAACAAAAUCCACGACAAAACCAUCAGGACUGACCACCACAACAGAAGGUCCAACGACCACAACUAAAUCUACAACCACACCCACAGAAAUCACUACUACCAGUGAAGGUCCAACAACAACAAAAUCUACGACAAAACCAUCAGGACUGACCACCACAACCGAAGGUCCAACGACCACAACGAAAUUUUCAACCACACCCACAGGAAUCACUACUACCAGUGAAGGUCCAACUACAACAAAAUCUACAACAACACAAUUAGGACAGUCCACCACAACAGAAGGUCCAACAACUACAACUAAAUCAACACCCACAGGUUCCACCACCACAUCUGAAGGUCCAACAACUACUAAAUCUACAACCAUGCCUGCAGGACCCACCACCACAACUGAAGGUCCAACGACUACAACUAAAUCUAAAACCACACCCACAGGAACCAUAUCGACAAGUGAAGGUCCAACAACAACAAAAUCUACGACAAAAACAAAACAUCAGGACUGA